AUGGCGAACAUCCAAGUGCCAGGCGCAGGGGCGUCAGCGCCUGUUGAAGAUCUUCCUCCACCAUACUCAGCGGUCGUUGGUAAUCCUCAAUAUGGAUUUGUCGCACCUGGAGGAGAACCUCACGUUCCCGUCACUGGUCCGUACCCGCAGCCGAAACAAUUCACGGCGCCGGGAGUGUAUCCGCAUCCUGCAAUUACUGUAACAACCACACAGCCUUAUGCAGGUGACAUGCCGCCACCGCCACCUGGAGUGCCCGUGGGCAUAAUCCUACCACCUGCUGUAGGCACAGAACCUACAACAAUAACCUGCUUCAACUGUAACAAAGUUGUAACAACGAGAGUGACUUAUACAACAUCAUGGCAUACUCAUUUACUGGCUGCAUCUGUCUGUGUUACUACUAUGGUGUGCUCUUUAUGCUGUUUGGGUCUGGUGCCAUAUUGCUUUGACACAUUCAAGGAUGCGGAACACUACUGUCCUAAUUGCAAUACUUAUAUUGGUAAACGGAGCAAAUUCUAA